AGAAUAAACAGAUACAUUGAAAGUGCAAGUGUUUGAAGUGAAUGAGGCGCGCACGUUGAGCUCUCUAACAUUGUGAGCUCGUUCGAAUAACUGAAAAUUGUCAGCCGUUGAAGGCGAAACAACUGCAUAGGGAAAAAAAAGCAGCAAUAACAACGGAGAACUCAAAAUUGCUGACGAUUACAAGUGAUUUCAUUCGUUUGGCGUCUCUCGUUUGUGUCGUUACCAUUUAUGUGCACCAUAUUUUAUAACAUUUGUUAUCGUUCAUAUACACUUUUACGAGAUAUACUCGUAUUUUUUUUUUCUAUUUAGUUUAUAUAUUGUGAAUUAGAAUCAAUAAUUGUUUGUCAUUUAGUUUUUAAGGAGAAUCGAUUUGAGUGUGCCUCUAAUCAAAAAACAAAGAAAUUAAUUUUAAGCAACGGUAAAAAAAAAACCAUAAAGAAAAGUGAAGAAAAAAAAAUUCAAAGAAAACAAAAACUAAAUAAAAUAAUUGUAAGUUAAAAUGGGUCGACGAUCAUCUAUCAACAAAAAAGUACAAGUCAAAUCCGAACCAGUCGACAAUGAAAUCAUUUUUGAAGUGGAAAAAAUUCUUGAUAAACGCUUCAUUUCGGGAAAGCCGCAUUACUUGAUCAAAUACAAAGGUUAUCCAGACUCGGAAAAUACAUGGGAGCCAAUCGAAAAUCUGAAUUGUAAGCGAUUAAUUCAAAAAUUUGAAAAAGAUUUGCAGAAAUCAGACGCGAGCUCUGAAAAGGUUCCACAUGUACAGGAAUUUGAAAAAAUUGUUGCUAAACGAACUGUAAACGGUAACAAAGAGGAGUAUUUGGUGAAAUGGGUUGGAAUGCCAGAGACAGAAAAUACCUGGAUUACAGCAAGCGAUAUGUUGUACAAAGAAGGGAUCAAACAUUUUGAGAGUUCAGUAUUAUCACAUUUUAAACCAACAAAAACACGAAAGACAAGCAUUGAUGAAUCCCUGAAAACGGAACGUGUUGCACCUGAAAAAACUGGAAAAAGUGGCACAGAAAGCAAAUGCAAUGAAAAAGAGUCCGUUGCCCAGAGUAAAAGUAACACAAAGGUGACGAAUACUGCUAUUGUUCAACCAGCAGCAGAUGUGGAACGAAUACUCGAUUUGGUGCGAUGGGAUAAACGAAAAGAAGUCAAGUGCUUGGUAAAAUACAAGGGAAUCAUCAAACCACAAUGGAUUCCAAUCGAUGAGAUCAAACGAACACAUCCAAUUCAACUUAUCGAUUAUUAUGAGACACGCGUCGAACUGCGAAAGAAAAAGUACACCAUGAAAUUUGAAGAGAAAUCAACGAAAACCACUCAACGAAAACUUGUUGUGAUCAAUUAAAAAUUCGCACACUUCUUUGUAUUUUCACCUAGACAUCUCUUUGUUUUAAAUGCUGUUUUUCAUACUUUAAGAGAUUUUCUACGCUUUGAAAAAUUUUAAAUUGAAAUAUUCAAUUCCAAAGAAGAUAUUUCUUCGUAAUGUACUGAUCGUGGAAAAACUAAACAUAACGAAAACAUUUAUCAAAAUAAAAUUGCUUUGAACCUAUAUCAACCAAACCAAAA